AUGUCAUCUGUACAAUUACAUCAACAACAAAAUAAUGACACUACUAAUAAUCUUUAUGAGCAAUUAAUUCUUUUAUUAGAUGUCAAUCAAAAUGGACGAUUAGUUUUGCCAUUUUCUCGACGAUUGAUUCUUAUUGAUCGUCCAUUUGAAAAUGUUUCUGAAAAUGACAACGACGAACAAAAUGAAACAUCUGUUGAUGAUUAUAAUACAGAAUCUGAAUUCUCAUCAUCAUUAUCAGAAAAUUAUUUUCUAACUGAUGAUGAGAAUAAUGAUGAUAAUAGUGAAGACAAUGGAUCGUUUGUAUCACUAUCAUUACCACCAACACCAUUUGCUUAUGAUCCAUAUGAUUCAUAUGAUUGGGAGUGUUAA